AUGAUCGUCUUGAGGUACAUCGUGUCCGCUGAUCCGCCGCCGCCGGGCCCGGGCGACCCGGCUCCGUUCAGUCCGGAACGGUUCGAGUCCAUCGAGCUGCGGCCCGACGUGACGCUGGCGCCCAACUUGCUCUGCACCGUCUUGAGCUCCUUGUUGACCUUGUCGAACCGCUGCUUCGACUCCUCCAGCAGCCGCCGCAGGUCCGACUUCUGCUUCUCCGCGUCUCGCACCUGCUGCUCCGACGCGUCGAGCGUCGACCGCAGGUCCGACACCGCCGACCGCAUCUCCUCGACCUCGGCCUCGGCCUUCUCCUCGACCGCCUCGAGCUCCUCGCGCCGCUUGCGCCACUCCCGCUCCUUGCGCUCCAGCUCGUCCUUCUCGCUCGACAGCGUCUUGAUGUCGCGCUCCAGGUCGCGGAUCUUCUGCUUCAGCUCCUCCGUCUCGCGCGUCUUGCGCCGGGCGAGCGUGCUGGAUUCGUCUUCGAUGCGGUCCCGCUCCUCAAUGGCCGCCUCCAUGCGUGCGCGCAUCUCGCGCACCUUGCUGUCGGCGCGCUCGUCCACGUCGGCGAGCAGGCCGCGCAUCCUCUCCGCCUCCCGUGACCGCUCCGACAGAACGGGCCUCCUUGAGCUGGAUGGUCAGCUCGCCCGUCUGGUCGCGCAUGCUGCCGAGCAGACCCUGCGCGUUGGCGUACUGCUGCGUCUUGAGGUCCGCCUCCUGCUGCAGAGACUUCUUCUCCUUCUCGAGCUUCUCCACCUGCUCCUCAAGCUCCUUGACUCUGGGCCGCAGCUUGUUGGCCUCCUCUUGCACCUUCUGCAGCUCCCGAGCCGUCUUCUCCUCCUUGGCGCUGAUCUCCACCUUUUCGGCCUCGGAGCGACGCAAAUCACGAGCGGAAACCCGUUGCGCGUCUUCCAGACGGAGACGGUUGUUCGUCUCGUUCGCCAGCUUCUCGCGGAGCGACUUGAUCUCCGUCUCGCGAUCCGUGGCCAGCCGCUGGACCCGGGCGACGUCAGCCUUGAGGUCCUUCUCCUUCUUCUCCAGGUUGCGGAGUUCCGUGUUCUUCGCGGCCAGCUCCUCCUUGGUCGUCUUGAGAGCGACAGAGUCCUGACGCAGACUCUUCAUCUCGGGCUGGGCCUUCUGGAGCACCUCGCGCAAUUCCGUGAGGUCCUUGAAUCUGGUCUGGGCCAGCUGCUGAGCAGCACCCAGAUCCGACUGCAGGGUCGACGACUUGCUCUUGAGGUCUUCGUACUCGCGCUGCAGGUUGUCGAAUUCGCUCUGCAGCUUCUCGCUCGCCUUGGCGUCGUUUGCCGAGGACCCGAGCUCCUUCUCGAGCUCCUCGAUGCGCGUCUGCAGGGCCUUCUUCUCGGCCUCAAGGUUCUUGAUCUUCUCCUUGGCCACCACGUGCUCCUGGCCAAUCUCGGUGACUUCGUCGCGCAGCGUCUCAAUCUCCUCGCGGAGAUCUUCCUCGGUCUUGCGUUGCUUCGUCAGCCUCUCAAUCUGAGAGUCUUUUGUUGUGACUUCCUCCUUCAGGCGCGUAAUCUCCGCUUCCAAGGCCUCCGUAUCGGACUCCUUGGCUUCGUCGGCCGCUGGGGGAGUGUCGGUACCGGCGGUCGUCGCGGGUGUAGCAGCAGCUGCAGCGGCACCGGCCUUCUUCUUCUUCUUGUUCUUCUUGGCGUUCUUGCCUGCGCCGGCUGCGGGGGUGUCCGUAGGCCCUGGGGUCGUAGGGGUGGCUGGCGGGGCCUCGCUGGCCUUCUUGGCAGUGACAGCCUCCUUGGCGCGUGCCUCCUCCCUGUCUGCACGAGCAUUAGAUUCGUUGAGCUUCGACUGCACGGUUUUAGCCUCCUUCUUGGCGGAUUCGAGUUCACCCUUGAGCUUAGCUUCCACUUCCUUGAGCUGUUUCUGCGAGGUCUCCAGACGCUCCGUGAGCGACUUGAUUUCAUUGUUCCUCGCUUCAAGCUGCGUCUCAAGGGAAGUCUUCACAGCAGCCACAUCACGGAGUUCGCCGGCCUCCUUUGUCGCCUUCUCAAACUUUUCAGUGAGGUCGGCGCUGGAGUCCUUGGCAGAGGCGAGAUCGGCCUUGAGCGAGUUGACCUCGGUCUUGAGCUUCUCAAUCUCCUCCUCCUUGGCAGCCAUGUCGGCCUCGUACUUGGGAGCCUCCUCAUCGUAGGAGAAGAAGUCGCCUCCAGACUCCUCAGGCUUCUCGCCCGCAGGCUCCUGCGCCUUUUGCUUGGGCGAGAAGAUGCCGAGGGCCUGCUGCAGAGGCGACUUGGCAGCGGACGGGUCGGGCGACUUGACCGAGCCGUCGUCCUUGGUGCUGGUCGCGGCAUCGACCUGCUCCUUGGGCUCUUCCGUCUUCUCGCCAGCAGCCGGGGCGGCGGACUGCGCCGCCCUGAGCUCCUCGACCUCCUUCUUGAACUUCUCCACGUCCUUCUCGGCCGCUUCAAACUUCUUCUUGAAAUCGUCCUUUUCGAGCGAGACCCGCUUGUAUUCGUCCAUGAUCAUCUGCUCCUUCUGCUUCAGCGAGUUGAGGUAUUCCACCAACGCCUCGGGCUCGCGGAUCGACCCGACGCUCGUGUGUUCCUUGAGCACCCGUUCGAAGGGCUCAAUCGACGUGGCACGGCCGUGGGCGAUUCGAUAGGAUCGGAGGAGCUCUGCAAUCCGUUAGCACCGCGACUUCUGACAGGAAUCAAUCGCAGACGAGAUACGCACCAGGGUACGUCUUCUCCAGCUUCUCCAACUUGCGAAGCUUCAUGCGGACCUCGGGAGAGGGCUCUGCCGCGGCAGCUGCGGGGCACCCGCAGCGCCCUCGGCCUCCUUGUCCUUCUCAUUCUCCCCGUUCUGGCCCUCCUCGGCCUUCUCCUUCACCUUCUCGUCACCCUUGUCCAUGGCGUCGGCUGCCGGCUUGGGCGUUCCCGCGCGGCUGGGCUCCUCGCCGUCGUCGAGCGCAAAGGCCGCUUCAAAAACGGCCGGGUCGGGGUUCGAGGGGCUGCCGCCGUUGUCGUCCUUGGAUACGUCAGCUGCCGCGCCUGCCUUCUUGGGGCGAGGUCGUCUCGCGGGCGACUGAUUGUUGUUCCGCGAGGUGGAAUCGGAUCUGCGCGGCGUGCCGCCUGCCGGUUCUAUCCUUUGUCGUGCCUGCUCCUGUCGAGCCUGUUCCUCCGCAAUUGUCCGAUCGAUGGCGCCCUUGAGCCUCUGUUGGAAACCCAUCAUAGGUCGUUAGCCACGACGGAGAUGCAGGACGAUGAGAAGCGAUGUGUGUGA